ACGUUAAAGCUGUGUGAGGUAGGUAGCAAGCUGUUGCUCUUGAAAAUUUACAUCAAAAAAGAAAAAGUCACAUCCUCGGUGGAAAAUCAAGCGCCUGCGUACUACUGACAUCCUUCCAGGGCGUACUUAUGUUCGAUUUUACGAACGAUAGUUCAUUUAUUACGGUCCAUCGGCAUGGACUAGACAUCGUUUACGUCGGUAAAGCAAACAUUUUACACUUGUUGACAGUGAAUUCCAGGCGUAGUAAAUACUGUUUGAUUGCUCCUCAAUAUGAGUACGAUCGUAAAUGGUAAUGCCAAGCAUACGAAACGAGUGUUUCGCGGCGGUAGACAGGAAACAAUGUAGUGAUAAUUGUUGUGAGUGAAGAUAAUAGUAAAAAAGUGGAAGAGCUUUUACACUGCCGAUAAAGUAUAUUUAAAGCGAUUUUCGAUACUUUUAGGAACUAUAGGCGUAAUAUUAAUUACAGCUGCCAUGAAGGUACUCAAAACUAAGAUGAAAUCGCUAAUCGAAUUAUAUACAUUUUUCAUAUUUACUUUAACAUUAUCACAAGCUAUCGAGAAACGCAGUGUGUUCUACGUCAAGCAUAACUCUACCGAGAAAACACAGAAAUCGGUUUCAUCGAGCGAUGAGAAACCCACCCUCUGGCUCAAGGAUCACGAUGCGCCCCGAAUACGACCGCAUUUCAGCUUAACCAAAACGUCCAAUUUCUUGUUUGACCUGAACCGAUAUCGUUGCAGUGAUCCGGUCAAUGCUGACUGCAUUAACCGGACCGUGUUGUUUAGAACAAAAAUUAUAGGAGAAUUACGCAAGCGACUAAAAGAACCAUUCACCGAUGGGGAUCACUAUCAGGUACGUUACGGCCGGCCACUAGAACCGCUGGCUAGUCCGGUCUGUCGGAUGGUAAGGGCAAAUGUACGCGUUCUAUCCUGGAAGGAACCACCAUUUACGUGGAAUGAAAUUGGUAGCUACCUGCCAACGACACCACUAUUCGGUAACAUCACGAAUGGGAGCUGUGUCAUCGUUGCUAGCGCAGGUUCGCUGAAACGGUCUCAGCUGGGUUCGUUUAUCGACGAGCACGACAUCGUGAUGCGGUUUAACCAUGCCCCUACCGAAGGGUUUGAAGCGGAUGUCGGCUCGAAGACUACCAUCCGUGUGGUCAAUUCACAAGUCGUUACAAAACCCGAAUAUCGACUCCUGACAGCACCACUGUUCCGCAAUGUCACGAUUGCUGCUUGGGACCCGGGAAAGUAUGAACAAUCCCUUCCCGAAUGGCUAGCAACUCCGGAUUUUAAUUUGUUUGAGAACUUUAAAAAGUUCCGCAGUAAUCAUCCACAGUCAAACUUCCAUAUCAUAGAUCCGCGCAGCAUUUGGAGAGCAUGGACUGCUCUACAAGACCUAACCCAAACACCAAUACGAAAAAAUCCACCAACAUCAGGAUUUAUAGGAUUGGGACUUUUAAUGCCCGUGUGCCGGUACAUAGACGUCGUGGAGUAUAUCCCGAGCACGCGCAUGAACGGAUUGUGUCAUUACUAUGAUGACGAACUUAAUCUUGGUUGUACGUUCGGUGCCUGGCAUCCACUAGCGGCGGAGAAGCUUCUCGUCUUCCAAAUGAACUCGGCCGAUGACUACAGUGUCUUCCAGCAGGGCACCGUACGUAUUCGCACUGAUCAGCUAGACCGGUGCUAGAGAACGACGACUUCCGGCACCUGUCCGAUUCGCUCGUCGAUGAAUACGGUGCAAUGGAAUGCUCCUCCCAAACCCCCUUGAUGACACGAGACAUAACGCCGCGCUGGGCUAAAUGUCGUCGCUGACUGGCGAAACAAUUAACAACGGUGCGAAUUAAUUAAGCAAUUCAAAUCGACAGCUGAGGUCAGGACGGCGCGUGCCCGUCUGCAGCCGUCGCCCAACACCGGCAUUAGACAUUCCAUUCGACGGGUGUAUCUGCCUUCCAUUGCCCGUCGUCCGCAAAGGAUGUGCAUCAAGAUUAGAAAUAAAGAAGCCGAGAGAGAUAGAGGGAACUAUGCGAUAAACCAACAAAUCAGGUCUUCCUUCCCUCACACACACACACACACGAUCUGGGGACGUGAGUGCAUAUCGAAUUCACUGACAUUUACACUCCCAAGCAGCAAUGGCACGAGAGCAGCAAUUAAAUUACCGGUGGAACGCUGUAGGAAUUUACACUGCCUGGUGUAGUAAAAAAGGGCCUCUUGGCAUAACUUCCCGGCGGAUGCAGAAACCUUGCAGUUAUUUAUUACGCAUUCUGUAGAUCCUCCUGAGACGGGGGAGCAAUGACACGCGCUGAUCCUCCACUCUGACCCAGGGAAAAAGUCAAAGAUUCUGCUGCCACCAGCUGUGGGUGUUUGAGCUUUGAGAAAAGAUUUACAACUUCCAAUAUAUUUUCACUUAAAUUUUAACAACCGGAAGCAACCGUACAGGUAUGCUGUGCUUCUUAAGCAGCGACACGCGAUGGGCAGCUGCUGUACGCGAAGCUGUAAAUUGGACUUUUAUCGCUUGAUCUGAUCGCGAGCACAUGUGCAUACACAGCGACCGAACGUGCGCCCGCUGCUCAAGGCAUUCGGAUACACCGAAAGAUGCACCCGAGACUUUUACGACAUGAACUUGGCAAAGUUUUACGAGUACUUUGUCUAGGCCAAAUGUUGCGUCGCUACCGUGAAUCAGGUUGAUGCUAAUUAGUUACACCAAACUGGUGCCGAAAUGAGUUUGUUUUUGUUUUGAGAUUUCUUUUAUUAUUUUUAUUGUGUCGGAAAGCACAUUCCGCUCGAACACGUUUAAAGUCCGUUGAGCUUAAAUUUGCAUGUGCUGUGCUUAAUAAGGAGUUUGAUUGUGGUAUUUUUAUUGAGUGUGUUCCUUAAUGUUUGUUUAUAUUUUCAACUAGUUUCUUUAAUUUGAUAAACAGAACUUAAAAAUUAUACCUUUUUUGGGAAACUUAUUUCAAUAUUGGAUUUUUAAUACAAAUAGCAAUCAAAUGGAAAAUCAAUAAAAAUAAUUCUUUAUUACAAAAUAGAAACAAAAUUUUCUUUUUUUUCAAUUUCUCCAAUUCUUUAAGUUUCACGCAAGUUGGCUUACAAAUCACCAAAGUGAAUGAUUAAUUAAAAUGAAAUUAAUUCCCUUCGAUUGGGUAAACCCCAUGAUAUUAUUCGGCAUGUUCCUGCUAAUUACAUAAGUGGAAAAAAUCGCCCAAACGCUCUUCAAUUCGGCGUCUUUUCUUUUAAUUAAACAACGAGUUAUGAAUUUCAAUGCAUUGAUUUCGAUAGUCUCAAUUCCUGCUAAUUCCAUAAAUGGAAAAGAUCGCCCAAACGCUCUUCAAUUCGGCGUCUUUUUUUUUAAUUAAACAACGAGUUAUGAAUUUCAAUGCAUUGAUUUCGAUAGUCUCAAUGAAUCACCAGUGCGGGAAGCGCAUCUACUUACUCGCGCAUCCAUGAUCUGCUUCUUCGUCACGUACUACUGAUCGUGAGCGAAGGUUCAAUGCUUGCGGAACAAUUCUAAGGAUAACUCGCCCAUCCGCAAACAAACUGCUCAUUCACAAUGCAAGGACGCCAUUCUAUUGAUCAUUCGCACAACUGCAAGAACCUAUCGAUCAUUCACCGUUCCCGGUAGUGUGUUCUUAGGUGGGAAAGAAAGCAUUUCGAACCCAUACAAUGAGUCCUUCAUGCGUGAUGAUGUAUGGGAAAAGAAUGAACCUCGUAUCCGGUGCAAUGGUGAAAAGAUGCACCAUAUCUCCGACGUUCCUAACUCCGAGCUCACCCACUCUCACCUGCUGUCGAUCGCAACUGGAUGAUUUAUGCGUCUUUGUUUAUUUGUGAUCUUCGCUUUCUGUACAUUCAACCUGACUACAAUAGGACCAACGCUUAGAGACAGUGGAAAGUUAUUUACUACAUCUAUUAUCAUUCUAUUUUAUGUGUUUGUUUGUUUUUUGUACAACCGACAAACAAUUAUCUAAAUGUAGCUAUUACGUUGCGCUGUGUUUCCUUUUUAUUGAUUUGCAUACCAAAUUCUGUUUCAACUCAUUUUUUCUCCUAACCGGCAAGAACACGUUCGAAAAACUGUCACAAUGCUUAUCACCUGUCUCAUUCAUCACCUAUUUCGGGUUAUUCCAUGCAGUCAAAUUUUCACCAUUCCUCAAUUGUUGCUCGAGGCAGCAUGUAUAAACCACUCGUUCGGUGGUUUGAUUACCAAAGGAACGUCAGCGAUGCGUCAUUCUUUCGA